AUGACCUGGAAAGCCCCAACCUGUCCCUUCUGUCACAAACGCCAGGCUAGCAAAGCCCUACUUCAGUCACAUCUCCAGUCAUACGUCAAGGAAUGGCGCAUCCCCGCCGAUGGCAUCCACGAUGUCCUGCAAAUCAAACAGCUCCUUGAUUCCCCCAUCUCCGAAGAGAGCGUCGAAGCCCAACAACAAACGAAGCCAUUCCCCUUUCUCAGUCUUCCAUACGAUGUCCGCCAUAUAUUCUACCGCUUCGUCCUCACCGCCGAAACUAUCACCUUCUACGGCUUAAUCCAAAGCAGUUUCGUCACCACCAAAACCUACUACCAGAACAUCUACCUCCAACACAAUCCCAUAUCCAACCCCCUCGCUAUCCUGAUCACCAAUCGCCAGAUCUACAACGAGGCACGCCAGGUCUUAUACUCCCGCAACACUUUCGUCUUCCUGGCCACCGACUUCCUUCCCAUCUUCCUGGUGGGAAUCGGGCGUCACAAUGCCGAGUUGUUGCGUUCGGUGCGAUGGCGCAGGACAGCGCUCCCCCAGGGCGAUAAUCAGAUUGGGAUGAUCCAACCGUGGCUGGAUCCAUCUUCGUCAGGAAGAGAUCUUUGGUCUGAUGAGCUGGCGUAUGCGCAUUUUCUAGGGACGUUUUCUGCGGCUCUUGACUUAUCGCGCUUGAGAAUGCUCAAGGAGAGGCUUUUAAGGAGGCCGAAUGGGGAAGGCAAGGGGAAAGGCUGGCCGGAGCGAUUCACUGUGGAUGUGGCGUUUGGGGAGAUGAACGGGAGUGUUACUUAUGAGUUAUGGGCCAAGGAUUGGAAGGAUAGCAUGCAGUGA